CCAACAGCUGGGCAAUUGAGUCAUUAUUUUUUGCAUUUAUUAGAAAAUUAAGUAAAUAAUAGCAAAAUAAUUAAGAAACAUUUAAUAAUUUAUUAUAAAAACAAACUAUGACAGACUUUCAAUGGCCCUGGGAAUAUAGCUUUCCACCUUUUUUUACACUCCAGCUACACGAAGAGACUCGCCAACAGCAGCUCAAUGUUUGGUGUGAUUUAUUCCUUAAAUACCUCAAACAUAUUAACAAAUUUACCGUUAAUAUUCAUGAAAACACCUUUCCUUUAUUUAACAACGAGACGUUGAAUCGUCGCCUAACACCCGAAAUGAUUUUACAGAUUUUGGAAAAAUUACAGAAUACUAGACAUGCUCAUCCCCUGGAUAAGAAACGUCAUGAAUGGCAAGUGUAUUGGCAUACGCUGGAUGAGUAUGGUAAUAUGAUAUAUGAUUGGAUAUUAGAAACGGGACAAACUAAUAGUGUUUGUACAUUGUAUGAGAUAAGUCAUGGUGAUAGUUCAGAGGGUAAAGGAUUUUAUAAUAUAGACGAGGCGGUACUGCUGAGCGUUUUAAGACAAUUGGAGGAAAAGGGUCGGUGUGAGCUUAUAGAAAUGGAUGGUAGUUAUGGUGUUAAGUUUUUCUAAGUUUUUUAAUAAAUUAACAAACAAUAUACC